AUGCCUCUCACUGUGUCCAUCGUUCUCGGCUCUGUCCGCCCUGGCCGCCAAGGCCUUCGCGUGGCCAAAUACCUCCAAGCCAAGUUGGCUACCGCUGACUUCAAUGUCCACAUCAUUGACCCCAUCGACCUCAACUUGCCAUUGUUCGCUGGCCGUUUUGCUUACCUCCCUGCUGAGCUCAAGACUGAAGCCCUUACUGCUGUUCAAGCCAAGUUCGAAGAGUCGGACGCGUUCGUGGUGAUCACCCCCGAAUACAACCACACGUUCUCGCCAGUGAUCAGCAACACGUUGAACUACUUUUACUCCGAAUACGCCAACAAGAUUGCGGGUAUUGUCACGUACUCGGUCGGUGGUUUUGGCGGUGUCCGUGCGGCCGGCCCGCUGCGUCCCUUCUUUGGCGAACUGGGUUUGGCCACCAUCCCCAAGGAACUUCCUUUCCCUGUUGUCCAGAAGGCGCUCAAUGAAGACGGCACCAUCAGUGCAGACGCUGGCGCCAGUGGCGAAGCCAUUGAAAGCGGUACAAAGCAAUUCGUGAACGAAUUGAAGUGGUAUGCCGCAGCGUUGAAGACUGCUCGUGCUGCCGGUGGUCCUUAAUGUGUUGUAAAGAUGUUGUAGUUCCAGU